AUGAAUCAUUAUCGCCGACAAGCGGGCGACACCGCGUCCGACGCGGGGACGACGGCGAUGACCGACCACGGACGUAAGUACGGAGGACUCGGAGGACUCGGCGGAGGCGGCCGCGGCGACAUCAACUGGCAGGUCGCAGAGCCCGCGUCCGGCCGGCAGCCGCGCAAACCCAACAACAAAAAGUUCACGGCCUUCCGGAAGUUCGGCGGCGGCCGGCCGGAAUCGGGACCGGACGACCGGACCGCGUCCCGUUGCCACUACGAGCCCGUCCGGCACGCGGACGAGACCCGCGACGCCGUCCAAUGGGAAUCCAUGACCAAACAUUUUUCCAGGUACGGUAAAUACACGGAUCCGCCGUAGACAUCGUGUUAUUAUUAUUUUUAUUAUUAUUAUUACGGUAUUAUUAUGCGCGUGCGAACGGCGCGGAUACGGCGAUAAAACGAUACUUGUCGCGGUGAAAUUGAUUCAAGCCUUGUGGUCGAAAAUUGCGCCCCCCCCCUCUCCCCCGAGUUCGAGUCGCGUACUCGACCGGCUGCCGAUUGAGAACGUGAAUUUCGCUAAAAUACCGCUUGAGCAUCGCGUUCAAUUUUUUAAAUUUAUUUUUUUUAUAAUACAAAAACCGCGCGGCGGGUUCGACCAUAGUGUUUACACCCGUUCUGUUAUAAUUAUAUUUUUCUCGAAAACAAAACGGCCCGACGCCGAAAACGCGCCCGCAGAGACGAGUUACCGCGGUACUCGACCAACCCGAAUAAUUAAUACGCAUUUGGUCGGCAGUUUGGUGCGUACGGGUCACCAGAGUUGUCGCGGUUUAUUUUCGCCGUCACUUGUUGCAUUGAUAACAGCGUUUACAGGCCUUCAAACUAAUUAUCAUUAUUAUCAUAGUUAAUUAUGCCGGGUACGCCACGGCGUCUACCCCGGGGACUCGUUCGUUUUUGCGUCGUUUUUAGCCAUCUCGACGGAAUGCGGUUUUCACCGAGUUUUUACACGUUUCCGAUUAUAGAACAAUACCGUAUUUUGCGAUACCGUCCGAGUUCGGACGCAAUCGAUUUUAUUUCGUCGUAGAUAAAGAAGAAAGAAAAAGAAAUGGCCUAUACUGGGGACGGGUGCGGCCACUGUUGUAGUUGGGAAGGUGGGAUGCAUAAAUCUAUUUAGUUUAUACCUGUUUAAAGUAACGAUAAAAAAAAAAAAAAAAACAGGGUAAUAAACUAUUGUUAACGAAAUCUAAACGAUUCUGAAUGGAGUUCAGCUGUUAGUGAUGCUUUGUCAACAAUUAUAUAGGUGUAUUAUGUCAUAUUAUGGUAAAAUAAUUAAAUAGGCAUUAUGUAUUCUAUUAAUUAAUAUUUGUUUAAUGUACCGUUGUUCCCGGUUUUCCCGUGUUUUUCCCCGGUUUUUCGCAUUUGCUGGGAUAACUGUGUUGAGAAAAUCGAAAAAUAACCUAAUUUACCUCCCCAAACCGAUUUCUUUGCUGAAAAGUUGCUACAUUUAAAAAUCGGAGCAAGAUUUCUGGUAGAAGUUGCGCACAGAUAAAAAAACAACUGCGUUUUCACGACAACGAUGAUUGUUUAAAAACGAUUAAGAGAUUUAAAUAAUUAAAACUUAAUAAUAUCAACAAAAUAAAUAAAAACGGUUGAAAAUGUUAAACCUUAAUUUUAAUCUAAUGAACCAGUUUUUCUUCAUUUUCUUGAAUAUUAAUGAGAUAUUCAAAAAAUGACCUUUCUGAAGUACCAGCUAUAGUCGAAAUGCAACAAAAAAGAUCAUUCAUCGUGUUUUGAUUGAAUCAAGAUAUCUAGGAGAAUUUUUUUACAGACAGCAAAAAAAAUUAAAAUACACGUCAUAAUAAAACCAAUUGAUCCCUCGUUUCACUCAUAAUUUAAAAUUGUCUUUGUCAUCUGUGCAUUUGAGGGUUGGGAGAUUAGAAGCGAUGAUUUAUAUCCCCCUAAAUUCUAAAAACGCCGUAAUAAAAAUGAAGAAAUUAAAAUACAAAAUCAAAAAAAUGGGAAUGUCAAUCUCAAGUAGACUCGACAACGAAUUCAAAUGAAUUUCUUUCAGAGUUCUUAUCGUUUCACUAGACCAAUCGAUACGUUUGGAUUAGAACACGUUUUCAAAAUCCUCUUUAUAUUAAAUGUUUAGCUUUGUUGCCCCCAGUCGUUUAAAUUUAGGUACUCAUUGUUAUCAUUUCGGCAAAAUAUGUUUUUUUUUCCCCCCAUGAAAUCGAACGGUAUUAAUUUAAUUUCACCGUAGUUAAAGAAAACGGAAACAUUUUUUUAAUUAUUUACGAAUUUAAGAAUUGAUUUAUAUUUUCCCGCGCAUAGCUGUACGUACCUACGUCGACAUUUCUGUUGUGUGUUGUGUAUUAUAGUCGUGUAAAGCAAAUUACGAAUCCGUGUCUUUUCGACACGAGCAUUUUUUUUAGUAUGUAUUACGCUAUGACUGUUAAGCUAGUUAAAAAAAAAAAAAAAAAUCCCCCUGCGGAAAAAUCCAGAAUAUAUCCUAAUGAAAGCCGGUCGAAACCUCAAAACCAAAAAUAACCGAUUAUCGUCGGUUGGUAUUUGAUUGUGAAAGUUUGCUCGGUCAUCUGCUUACAAUUAUAUUAGAUUUCAUAGAGUACCCAUCACGUCAUCGGCCCGCCGCUACCGUAUGUUUCAUUAUGAAAGUUUACAAUUUAUAGACAUUUACGAUUUUUAUGGUCUACACUUUGUUGUCCCGUCCAUGGUUUCGUUUAAACCGUACGCGAUUUCCUAGGGGACACGCAGAUGAUAGUUUUAUUAUUUCGAAUGGCAUUCGACUGUCUUUUUGUUUCAACUUGCGUUGCGUUAUAAGCCUCGUGCAGUUAAUUCGAAUUUUAAAACCGCACAACCGUCAGUUGUAGACUUGAGACGUCGUGUUAUAGGUACCAAAAAAAAAUUCUGGGUACGACGGACAUUUUCAACCGGCAUCACAAAGGAAUAUAUUUCACGUUUUAUAUUUUCGUUUUGUCAACUAAUUAAUAUUAUUAGGUAUAGAUAAGUAUUAGGUGUAGAUAAGUUUGAUUUAUUACGUUAAUUUCGGCGAAAGUCGCGUUUUAGCGACUUUUAGACUUAAGCCGGUUUUUCACAGAAUGUAGAAUACCGGUGGUGUCAAAAAUUAACCAGAACUCAAAUUGACGCGAUUGGAUCGGAUUAGAUUUAGAUUAAAUUAUAAAAUAGAUUAGAUUAAAGGGAUUGGAUACCGAUGUUUUCUUUCUUUAUCUGGUUGCAAUUCACGGAUCAAACAACGUUGCGAUUUUCCCGAAACCAGUCUGAUCGACUAAUGCGAUAAUAAUAUUCUGUAAACGGAUUUGAGUUCUGUCCCGUUUCAGUUUUAAUUUAAAUUUGGUUUUUUUUUUUUAUAUAUAUAUAUAUACGUUUUCAAAUUUUCGGAAACUAAAAUAUGAUGAAAUUCGAAAAUGUGGUCCGACCGGUUUCACGUACACUAAGCACUGGAUUCAAAUCAGUUUUCAGAAAUCGUAUUACCCCUUACUUACUAUUGCUUCGCUAGUUCAAAUACGGCUUACAGUGUCGUGUCCAAGUUUUAUCAAGGAGGAAGGGGGAGUUUAGUAGUGAUGAGCACUACGGAGUGAAAACUAUUCGAUAGUUUCAAACCAUCUAUUUACUCGGUUGUUUUUAAAAACUAUCGAAUGAAAAACAAUCUGUUGUUUUUUAAACUAUCGAUUGACAAUCGACAGUCAAAACUAGUCGAUUCCGCCCAUCACAGUUUAGCCGGUUUAGGGGUCUAGGGGUACAGAGGGUCUAUAACCUUUUUAACAUUACCUAUGACUAAAAAAAAAAAUCAAUGUAGGAGUCAUAAAACCCAAACUCCCUGACUAUGUUAGAUACGUGAAACGUUCAUAACCAUGGAAAUAUUAUCUGUAUUUUUUUGAAAAUUCUGUACUUAAUAAUAACUUGUAUUGAAUUCGUAUUCGUAUUUUGCUACAAGCCGGGAUGAGAUCAGAUGCCUAAUAAUCUUUUUUGCCUUCAACCCAACUAUUUGGGAUCGUGCACCAUCGUUCUAAACUUCCAUUUGAUUCGAUGUACCACCUCGUAUACAUCAGCUGUCAUAAUAUGAUUCUCAAUCACAUCGAACUAUUUCUUUCAGUUUUUCUUUCCACCUAUUUCCUCCUAUAUUUAUUUUCAUUACAAUUCUUACUGAUUCAGAUUCUCCGUGAUAUGCCCUCAUUUCGCCUUCAAUUGAAGACGUGCCUAAACUAACUUUGGUGUACUCAUCCGUAAAAUAUCGGUGUCGUACUAUUUCUUAUAAAAUUAACUUAUAAACUUAUUCUUUGCGUAAAUGAUUUAACACAAAAUGUACAAUUAAUACUAUUAGACUCCAUAUUAAAUGAUAUAUUAUACAAUAAUAUCACAGAAUACUGAAUACUAUAUUAAGCCAAAAUCCAAGAAGUAUUAAACUUAGACAAGUAAUGUAAUAUAAUGAAUUAAAAAUAACAUAAUAAAUAACAAUCUAAAAACACAAGUAUAUUAAAAUGACAUUACUUUAUUACUAAAUAAUAUUAAGAUAGUUAAAGUAUUUAAUAGAUAGUUAAAGAUAGUUAAGAUAUAAGUGAAAUGAUAUCAAAACAACAAAAUAAAAUAUACAAUUUAUUAAUGCUAUCAGACAACAUAUUUCGUAAUAUUUCAGAAUAUUAUAUUAACCAAAUCAACAAACAAAUGAUAUAGUAUUUGCUACAAAGUACCAAACAAUGGUAUAAUUAUAUUAUAUAACAAUAAUAACAAUUAUAAUUAUAGUAUAGUAUACAGUUGAUAUCAUUGUAUCAAAACAAUAAACAUUCUAUUAUCAUAGCCAUAUUCAUAAUAGUAACUCUGUAUUACUAUUGGCUGAUGUCAAAAACCUCUGCCGAUUUCGGUUCAAUAAAAUUUGCACAGCUGUUUAACCUUAUCAUUUAGGUAAUUAUAAUUUUGUUAUCACGAAAAACAUUCUUGAUAUUGAAUUAUCCGGUUAUAAUUUGACAUGGAAAAAAUAUUCAUACUGAUAGCUGAGCAAGUGGUUAUAACCCCUGUUACAACCAUUAAUUAACAAAUAUAAAUAAUGAAAUACUUGUACGCAACGCAAUCUAUUCAAUAACAAUAAUGAUUUUACAGAACCGAUUGUUACACUUUUAAUACAUUUUUUUUUUUUAAACCCAUUUUUUAAGUCCCCUUAACAUGCAACCUUUUUUUUUUACAUAAAUUUCUUAAAAAAAAUAAAAUAAUAAUAAAUAAAUAAAACCGUUCAGUUAAAAUGUAUUUUAUUAUUUGAUUUUUUCUUGACAAUAAUAACAACCGCGCUGCCUAUUCAGAUAUAUUAUAUAAUCUACGUCUACAAAAAGUCUAUUUACACACGGUAGUGACGUGACAGUGCUGUAACCGUCCCGGGAUUCCACCGGCCAGGUUAAUAAUAUUCUUAAAGGAAAGAUAAGCUUGUUGUUCUCACUCGUCCGGUGCCGCGACCCUACUGUUGCGAGCAGUGAGUGCUGUGACUAGUGAGAUAUCUUGCGGACGGCAUUUUUCUCGUUUCGCGGCCGCGGUGUUUAGUUAGGUAUUGUGUAUUUUUCCCAGUUUUAAUUGUAAUGCCCACCAUUAUGCCCAUGCCCAUAUGGUGUAUCGGUGAACAAUUGUGUACGCACCUAAAAGGGGUUAAAAAUAUACCCCGGAAAAAUGUUUCUCGUUUCGCUCGAAAUGGCAUUCUACUCAAUGAUUUUUUUUUUUUUUUUUUGGGAGGGGCUCCAAACAAUCCGGACCCCGUGGACCGGGGGGGACUCUAGCUUGGUGCCUGAUACCAGUUACUAUACAUCAAACUACCUAACCAUGUAAUUACAGCUGCACAUAAUAUUCUAUGGUAACACCCUGAGCAUUAAACUAGUAGACUUUAGUAAGAUCUAUGCUUAACGUGGUUCUACUAAAAAUCGUGUUUUAUUAUUAAAUGUAUCAAUGUCAUUCAUUAUUUUAAACUAUUAUGUUAUCACUUGUCGUACUGAGCAGUCACGGAACUACGGGGGUGAUAGGGGGUGCUUAAGCACCCCCUCCAUGUCGUUGUAAUUUUAUUUUUAAGAAUUUAUGAUCAGUUCAUAUUAAGACGUUUUUUUUCAAUAUCUGUACAAACUUUUAUGUAGUUUGCAUUAACCAUUCUAGUCAGUUCGGCAAUAAGCGAAAAUUUAAACAAUUAUCUGAUAAAUAAGCAUGAUGCAUACAGCUAUGGUUUACUAACUUAAGUAUCAUUAUCAUUGAGAGAGACUUAACGAAUGAAAUUGACCCGGAAGAAAUAUUAAACAAAUUUGCUUGCACUGAUUUAAAUUUAAAAAAAAUUAAUAUUACACAAUAAAAUGAUUAAAAAUAAUAUGUAUUAAAAUUGUCAAUGCAUAAUGUUGGGGAGAGUGGGGGCGGAGCCUUUGCGACUAUAUGAAUUUCAUAAUUUUUGCACCCCCAAGAUUUGGACUUUAGUUAAGCCGACGGUACUGAGAUGUUUUAUUCAUGAUUUAAAAUAUGCUAAAUUAAAUAAUAAUAAUUUAUCAGUAAUAAUUAUUACUUCAUCAAGUGCUAUUAUUUAUUAAUGUUUUAUAUCUUUUCUUCAAAAUCUACCUGACGUCUCUUAUUAUUAGAUUGGUCAAAAUGAAUGUUAAUCAAUUAAAAUAUUUGGGCCUGGACAAUCGUUAUAACAAUAAAAUCAAUUGUUAUUGUUAUUUGUUGAGUAAUUUUUUUUAAAUUUGUUGUUUUUGCUCCCCCUCUCCCAUUUCAGAUUUUGGCUGUCACUGUGUCGUCGUAAAUAACUUUUUAUUGGCAUACUUCGGUAAUUUUUUAUUGUCAUUUACUUAGUUUGAAAGUGAAUCGUAACCUAACAGUAUUAGGUUGAGCGGGAUAUCUGCUAUAAAGGUCUACAUUUUAAACUUGAUCAAAAGUCUGUUCUCUUUUGGGACAGACUAUAUAGUUUAAAAUAUAAUAAUUGUUUAUUAUUAUUAUUUUUUACGGUUUUAUGGUGACUACGAUAAAUUAAAAACUCUCGCAUCUUUAAUGUACAUAUUUUUAGUUGGCGUAUACCUAUAAUAAUCAACGAAUUUGUUUAUAAUUUCGAAAAUAAGUAUCCGGGCACAGUGGCGGGCCCGGAGGGGGAGGGGAUGUUAGCGGUUAUAUCCCCCCAAUUGCUUAAAAAUCCAACAAAAUAUGAGUAAUCUAAUAUCGAAACUCAUAAAUUUCAGUCGAUUUCCGAGAAAAAACUUGAUAUAUUGAUUAGAAAUUGGCUUUUUUUUUAUGAUCCGGCUUUUGAAUUACUCUUUUUUCACGAUUUUUAUUCGUUACAUCCCCCCCUCCCAUUGGAAAUUCCUGGGCACGCCACUGUCCGGGCAUACGUCGUAUAUACCCGCGUAUACCCACCAAUACGCCAUUGACUGUACCCAACUUUACCCAACGUCGGAUGAAAUACUGGCCAGUAUAAAUAGAAAUCUCGGCCGGUGGAAUCCCGAAACGUUCAUGGUACUGUCGCGUCACUGUUGUGUGUAAAUAGACCUUAAAAGGGGAUUGAAAGCGACGAGUUUCUGUCUUUGUCUUACACUCGUGAGAUAUAGGGAUUUCGACGUGUUUCAAUUCCAACGUACCGAUUGAUUUAGUGAAGCGAUAAGAAUUCUGGAAACAGAUUUGAAUUUGUUGUGAAGUCUACUCGAGAUCGACUCUCCCACUUUUUAAAUUUAUCUCCUUAAAUUCUAAAAAAAAAAAAAACCAUACUAACAUAAGAGUAAUUGAAAAAAAUGGAAUAUUUUAAUUUGUUGAAAAAUUGACUCAAGUAGACUUCACGAAAAAUUCAAAUCUGCUUUCAAAAUUCUUAUUACUUCGCUACAUCAAUCGGUACGUUGGAAAUAAAACACGUUUAAAUCCCUAAAUCUCCUGUGUGUAAGACAAAAAUAGAAACUCGCCGCUUCCAAUCCCCUUAGGUAUGAAUUGACGCACGCACCAUCACCAUCGCCAUCGAUAAGGAAUAUCAAGUGAUUCAUUUUUGUGUUUACGAAAAACCUAAAGAGCUGUAUAAAAAUAAUUCGCUUAGUGUAUAUAUUAUUAGUUGAUAAAUUUUCGAUAUUCCGGAGUUGUAUACCGCGCACCUACGUACACAUAAUGGGUUGGUAAUGUUAUAAUUAUUUUCUCCGAAAAAUAUUUACACAACAGAAUUGUUUUUAUAUUAUUCCCUAACGUAUAGUUAUUAAGGUCAACUUUAAGGCUAUCUUAAAGAUAACCUAUCUUAUCUAUCAACUAUAAUAUGUUUAUUUUUUUUUUACUGGAAAAUACAUUUUUUUUUUUUUUUUUCAACAUAGGCAAUGGGAAAAACAAACAAAAUAAACCGAUAAAGAUAACACGGGAAACAGCGUAUUAAUCGGUCUAAAAAUAAACCGACAAUUCAUAUAGAGACACUUUAUAAAAAGUCUUUCAUAGAGAAUCUUUUUUUUUUUUGCGUUUGCACACUAUAACGACGACGAUGCGUCGUUUCGGUAGACAUUAUCUGGGUUUGAGUAAAACUUUUGAUACGUCACUCUGCAGCCGAUAAGCUGUUAUACGCAUAUAAUAAAUAACAUACCCAUGUGUUUUUAUUUUGGUUUUAUUAUUGUAUAUUUUUUUCAGUUUUUAUUAUUAUAAUUUUUUUUCCGUCUGUAAACGACUUCGUAGAGAAAUCUUGCUCCGGUGUGGUACGUACCUUUUAUGAAAGGGAAUUUUCUCUAGUUGGUGCAUUAGAGAGGACAUUUUUUUUUUUGAUUUUCCAAGGGGUUUUGAAAAUAAUCGAACAAAAACCCCGAAAGAAAAUUCUAGGUAAAACGAUAGUUAUUAUUAUUAUUUUUUUAUUAUUAAUGAAACGACUGUGAUUUAUGUUGUUUCCGACAAUGUUAUUGUUUCACAUUAGGACGUCUACCGAAACUUCAGCGAUGUUCAAUCAAAACGAUAAAAUACACAUUCCAAACGGUUUGAUUGAUAAUAUUUUACUGUCGGACCUUGUUCCGAAAUUCAACGUUGCCAACUGAAAGUUCCUCAUCGACAUAAACGUUGAUUUUUAAACGGAGUUUUUAAGACGACCAUAGAUCUAUGAUACCAGGGAUACCAUGCAUCCCGUAUUAUACGGCCUUGUCCCGUAUUCGAGACAAGCGUCCCGAUGAAGUGUUCUAAACACUUUUGUCCCGUAUUCCGAAUCGCCCGUGUAACCGGAACUUAAGUUUUUUUUUUGUCCGUCCCCUUUUAUUCCUUUUUCGACUAGCCUAGGGCGUAGGGCUUAACAUUAGAUGCGUGAUGUGGGUAUUAAGUAUCACUGCAAACAAAUUAUUACAUUUUCGAAUUGUAUUAACACAUUAAUAUGUCAGUUGAGUUUGGGUUCUAAAUUAUUUAGAUUUAGACUGCGGAAAUUCGAUAAAUUCGACAAAUUUUAUUGAAAUUUAACAAUUUCCAAUACGUUCGCGGUGGGAUGGGGGGUAUUUUUGGUUUAGCCGAGUGGACAAUUUUAUCGGCGGUUCAAGGCGAAAACACUUCGAGCCGCCACUGAGCGGAAUACCGUAACAAUAUCAUUACGUAUAUUAUCAUACAGGCUGUUGUUCGCGUUGACGAGUCGAUAAUAAUCGCGUGUAAUAAAAUGUUGUUGUAGGCUGCCGCCGUUCAUCGAUGAUAACGUGGACAAAUUCAAAAACGGAAACCCGCGGACGAACAUACCGCAAUAUCAUCAUUUGCAUUAUUACAGAGACUUGCACCAGCUACAUCAGGUGGCGUACGUAAGUGGACCACUCGCGAUUCUGUAUCGAGCUGUAUAUUUUGAAUAAUACAAAAACCCCAUGACGUGUCCCCUCCAAAAUGUUGUUCGCUAAAAAUUUCACAACGGGUACUUUUACUCUAAAAUCAAAAUUAAACUAGUUUUACUUAUUCUGCGUAAGCAUUGUUUUUGCGCAUUUUACCCGGUAGUUGGGACUGAGAUAGCAGAUGCGGGUAUAACGUCCUGUCAACGCAGUUCUCAAUUUUUCACCUCCACUCCUCCGCGUACCUUAAACGUGCAUACAUUUUUUCUGAACAUUUUAGUUUGCCGUUUGUGAGUUAGGUAUGUCGGUUUAAAAUUUCUAACCAAGGAACCGGGAAUGGUACUUAACGCCAUAAUAAAUAUUUUUUAGACAUUAAAUAUUGAUAACGCUGUGUAGUAGGCAGAGCAGUGACGUGCCGAGGAUUGGUUUUUCUGCACGGCGGUGAAAAUACAGGCUGUAAUAAAAAUCCAAUCGUAAAUAUCGAAUGACGACAUAAGAGUAUUAAUUGUUUUUAUAGAUCUGAACAUUAUGAUGUACAUAAAAUCGGAAAAAACUUAUAAACUCGAAAAUUUCAAAUAGCUAUAAAUAACAUAAAAAAAAAAAAAAAUGUGGAAAAUUCGCAUUUCUUCCGCAGGCCACCCGGAAUUCGUCGAUCGGCAGAAAUCCGCAGCAACCGUGUUGCAAACCGUUGAAAUGGAAUCCGUUCGGGGGACCCACCGGAACGUAUAUGAACGCUUUUUACCUAUCGGAGCCCGGCCGGUACGCCACGCACGCGAAAAAGGUGAUCUGCGACGAUUCGCUAGUGGAAAUGGACGAAACAGACGAAGUAAGUUCAUUAAAGCGAUACUGAUAUUGCGCGUCUACAAUAAUAGAUAUUGUUGUGGUUGUAUUUCGUUAAAAAAGGCACGGCACAACAACUCGGCUUUAAGAUUAACGCGAAUAAAAAAAAAAAAAAUAAUAAUAAUAAUAAACGUUCAUCGGUGUUCUUCUUCUCGAAUAUUUUGUACAGUUGUCGUCGGCCAUCUGGCGCAGAUACUUGGACAACCGUCAGUCCGAGGACGUUUACAACACGAAAUUAACCAUGUGGUGCACUCUGUCGGCGCUCAUCAAGAGCCGGGCGCCCGGCUGUGGCCUGUACCUGGUCGGGUCGACGAUGAACGGUUUCGGCGGCGACGUGAGCGACGCCGACUUUUGCCUUUUGACCGGUUGCACGGCGGCGGCGUCGGCGGCAGUGUCCGUCGGGGGCGGCCAACACCAGCGGGCAAUAGCCGCGGCGGCGGACGAGCGGCACCGAUCGUGCGGCGUCGAGCGGCUCCAAUGGCUGAUGGCGCUGUUGGGACGCGAACGGCUGGACGACGACGUUGCGAUCGUCGAUCCGCACAUUGUCUACGCCAAAGUGCCUAUACUCCGGUUCUGGUGGGUAAAAGACAAUGCCAGGGUGGACGUGGACUUGUGUUGCAACAACGUGGUCGGCAUCCGAAACACGCAUUUGCUGUAUUGCUAUUCGAGACGUGAGUAUGGCCAAUGGCGUAAUUCGAGAAUAUUUCAUUGGCCCCGGGGGGAGGGGGGGAGAGGGUGAUAUGAAAACAAAUAUCCGUAAUAAACUUGUGGGAGGCUUUGCCCCUCCGCCCCGUAUCUACAUUUUAUAUCUCAUCACAUCAAUUAUUCUAUAUUACAUAAUAUCAAAAUUAACAAAACAAAUUUAAGAAAUCCGUCAUCAAUGUUUGGAUUAUAUUAUAAUUUAUAUAUUUAUAUUAAGAUAUAUUUAGAUGUACAUUAAAUUCCCGUCUGUGUUCUACUUUCCCAACUUCCCACCUUUAACAGUGGUCGCGCCCACACGCGAAGCAUGUCCUUAAUUUUUAAUUACAUAAAUAUUAUUACAAUAUUAUGUCCAGAUUCCUAGGCUUCUUAGCAAGUUCAUCAAUGACUUCUUCAUUUAAAAAUUUAUCACCAUAACGAAUUACCAGACCAUUAAGUCUUCUUUAAAAAUCUUUAGGUAAAAGGCAAUAUAUAAAUACGGCUUAUGCGAAGAUCUAUCCCCCAUACCCCUCUCUAAAUAUGUCCCUGAGUCUAACUCUCAGAAGUUCACUCGUUUAAAACGGGUUUAUUUUCGUUUUUUAACAUUUUUACAGUCCUAGGCCCUAGUGACAUGCUGAACAUUUUUAUACUUUAGGCAAAACAAACAAAUUUGAAACCCACUCGCUCAAAGCAUGGAUUUGUAUGUGUUCUCGCAAUAAAGUCAUAUGAAAAAAUUGUUUUUUUUUUCCAACAACCUAUUUUCUGUUUUUUUGUUCUUUAUUCAUCCUCAUCGAUGCCUUCUAUGCAUGUAAAAAGUCCUAUUGUGAUUAAUAUUUUUUUUUUUUCAAUGUUCGACAUACUUCACAUUUUAAAUAUUAUAACGAACAGCAUGAAUCAUAAAUUAUUCAUCAGCAGUAUCUACAUCAAACUAAAAAUUAAUAUUAUCAAAGUAUGCUACCCAUCUUGUUGUCUUGAUCUAUUUAUAUAAAUUGAUAAACAAGUUGACAAUUUAUUAAUAUCGCGUGUGGGAAAUUGUAGAUUAUUGAUUUGUUGAUCAAUUUUAGUUUCAUAAUUAAGAUUAUGGUUUUGAUGAUAAAGAUGUUUUUGCAGCAUUAUAUUAUGGAUCUCUUGUUAAGUAUGUUGUUAACUAUGUGUUUUUCUUCGUCAUUUCAUUAAUUUAUUCUUAGUUAUAAUUUUUGUUUAGAACUACAAACUGUUAUAAUUAUGUCUAUACAAAUAUGUAACUAAGAGAAGUACAAAAAAGAUAUUAUAAUAAACAGUUUAUAAAUUUGCAGGAUCUGUAUUUAUUGCUGACAAAUUUGUAUACUGUUGAAAACAGAUUAAAACAUGUUUCUUUCAGUGACUUACAUAUUUUAAUAUCUUCAAUUACCAAAUUUUAACACUUAAAGUGCUUACUCACUAAAGGAAUUAAAAGGGUACCUACAAAAGUUUAUUUUUUCUUUGUUAGUGGAUAAAUAUCAAAUGUUUAAUCAAAAAUUCAAUAAGUAUUCGACACAGAAUAUUGUGCACUGCCAGAGUGAGAUAAUGCAUAACUGAUAAGAACACUAAAGUGAUCAAUAAAUUAUUUAUUUUUAGACAUUUUGUCUAUACUGUGAAUUUUGUCUAUAACAGUAACAGCUGCUAUUGCUACUAAAAAGUAGCUAAUUGCUGUUACUACUAAUAUGUAGCAGUAAAAGGGUGGGUCAUCAGUCACUGCUGUUUUUAUGAGAGUAACAGUCUACAAUAAUAAUCGUUACUUUGAAAUCAAUAGUGAAAAAUCACUGUUACUGCCAUUUCGUAUUUAUGCUAUCAUUAGUAAUAAUUACUGUACUGGUGGUGGAAUUUAGUGAUGAAUCAAUGUUAGUUUCUGGGAAUAAGGUAUAAGCAAAUGUAAAUUACAAACUGAACAAUCUGAACAACUUUAAUAAUUGGUAUGUUCGCUGAAGAAAAUUACAAAAUUAAAUUAAAUAGUUAGUAGGAAAUUAUUAAUUUAUUAUGGACUUGUCGAGAAAAUAAUUUGAUUUAAAAUCAUUAUUUAAAUAAAGUCAAGUUAGUAAGAAGUUUUCUACUAGGUUGAAACUGAAAUACACAACUUGGUACAUAUAAUAAUAUUAGAUUAGAUUGAAGAACGAACAUCAUAUAUAGAUUAUAAUAUUAUAUAUAACGAGCAUCUCAUGGAGAUCUCGUAGUUCAUUUUCAUAAAUUGAACAUUUUUUAAAUUUCCAGUACCAAAAUUGUUUAAGUAGUAUUUAUUUUAAUAAUAAUAAAUUUGUAUGGUUUUAUUUCAGUCGAUUAUCGAGUGAGGCCUUUAGUGUUAACUGUUAAGUUGUGGGCAUCAUAUCACAACAUUAACGAUCCAAAGAAAAUGACACUGUCCAGUUAUUCGUUGGUGCUGAUGGUCAUAAAUUUUUUGCAAUGUAAGUAUAUAAUUAUAGUCAAGGUUUGUUGUUAAUUAUCCUAUUAUUUGUAUUAAAAAAAAAAAGGGUAAUAAUAAAACAACGUUUUUCUAAAAUUUGAUAAAAUAGCAUAUUUCAUUUUACCCUCAUUAUAUAUAACAUUUUAAUUUAGUAUUAAAAUUAAUUUUUUUAUUUUCAUCUUAUAAACAUCUAACCAUUAAUUAUAUAUUAUAGAUCUAUAAUCAAUGGUAUAAAUUAGCAAAUUUAAAUUCAGUUAGGAUAAAAUUGUACUAUAAGGCUUAAUAUUAGUGUGAAUUGACUCAUUCUUAAAAUUGAAGAUAAAAACAUUAUCUAUGCAACAUUGACCCUGUGAUUUUUGUUGAUAUUUUAGGUUUUAAGAGAGAUUAUGUAAAAUAUCACAAUUUAAUAAUGCUUGUAUCUCGCUUGAAAAUUAAAAUAUUUAUAAAAAUAACAUCAAUAUGGGACAGAUAAUGUUUUUAUCUUGAAAUUUGAUGAUAGAUCAAUUCACACUAAUAUCAAUAUUAGCAGCACAAAGUUGUCCCUGCUGAACACAAAUUUGCUAUGUUUUAUGUGUGUUAGUCGGAGACAGCGCAUACUGGUAUCAUAUCCUCUGAAAUAUUUAAUCAAUGGAUCAAUGGAAAUUAAAUUAAUUAAAAAAAAAUAUUUAACAAACUUUUUUUUAAUAUGAUAUAUAUAUAUAUACAUUUUUUUUUCUUGCUUUAAACUAAUAAUAGAUAUUUUCAAUUGUUAUUCAUAAUUUACCUUAUUAUCUGAUAAUAACCAAACCAUGAUUAUUUUAAACUAUAAAACCUAUAGGCCUUAUUUAGGCAGAAAAUAACAGAGUAGGUAUAAAUAUAUAGUAUAUCUAAUACAUACCUGUAUUCUUGUAUUAUAUAAAUUCUAAUUCAGCUUAAUUCUACUUUGCAGGUAUUCAACCGCCCGUGUUGCCAUCUCUGCAGUGUAUUUAUGGAAUGAAGUUUUCGGCAGAAACCAAUAUUGAAUUUGUGCAUAUGCAUGAACAGUUGCCUCGUAGUAGUUGGAAAAGCGAUAACCAACAGACACUCAGCGAGCUAUUGUUGCAGUUUUUUGAACACUAUAACAAUUUCAAGUGAAUAUAAUAUUAAUUUAAUAACGUGUAUUGUUAUACAUAAUUUUUAAAUGCUGUAAUAUUACAAGAAUAUUUAAUUUGUUAGUUUUUAAUGGUUGAUAUUUCACGGUAUAAAUAAUAAAACAGUUUAAUAAAGUUUUUUUUAUAAUAAUAAUAAUUAUUAUUAUAGUUACUACAUGAAUGCGGUGUCUGUUAGAACGGGAAGGCAAAUCCCGCUGGAACACUGUCGGAUGGCUUUAACAAUAAAAAAUGAUCCAGGACAAUGGAAAUUUAUAGGAAUCGAAGGUAUGUUAAAUGUUAUGUUAUUAUAAUUAAUAUUAUAACCACAGGUUUCUUGAAAAUUAUCAUCUCUUGGUUAAUGGAAAUAUUUUAGUGUGUUUACUCCCUUAAAGUGUGUUUAUAUUAUAUUAAAUAUUUUUUACAAAAUUAUAUAACAUUGGUAACAUUUUGAAUUUGUGUUCAAUUGAGCUGUUUGAUUACUAUUUUAAUAUUACAUCAAUGAAAAUACUAUAUUCCUUUGAUUAUCAAAAAAUAAUAAUUAAAGAAAAAGAAAUUUAAACUCUAUUAUAUGUCGUAGUGUUGUCGGGUAGUUAGGAUACAUAAAGUAAUUUGAAAUUUAUAUCUGUACCUAAUGAUAAAUCAUAUCUAAUGAAAAUCAAUUCUGAAUAAAUUUCGAUUAAAUAUGUUUUGAAAUAGUUUUUGAGAUUUUACAAAUAGAUGUUAGAUGUUGGACAAAAAACUGCAUUACCCUGAACAUUUUUAAAUUUUUUUACUGUCAAUUAUAACAUAUGAUAAACCUCUUGUGUCAUACUUUUAAGAAUUUCUUUUGACCAAAAUAAUUUUAUCCACAUAAAACAAAAUUUUAAACAAAAAAAGUCGAAAAUUUAAAAUGAUUUUAAAUAGUUCUUUCACCAGAAUGUUUGACAUUUUUACCACGUUAAGUAAAUAGUAUAAGUAUUCUAUGAAAAAUAAAUGCUGGUCUCUACAAUUACUUUUUACCGAAUCGCAACAAAAUUAUCUCCCUAAUGCAUUAACUAGAAAAAAAAUUACUUUUAGAAACGAUGAUACACUUGAUGUUCGGAGCAAGAUUUCUAGUAGAAAAGUUGUUCACGAAUGGAAAAAGAACACAUCAUACUUAAACCAAUACAUUCCUCAUUCUGCUUAGAAUCUAAAAAAAUUGAGACGAGUUACAUCUGAGACUGGUGUGCUUAUUUACAGUUUAGUAUUAUGUGUACAUAGGUACUAUAUUCAGUAAAUUUUGCUGAAGUAGCAUACAGCAACAUCCAAUUUAUUCUACUCUAUUUAGAUAUUGAACUGUUUAAAGAAAGAAAAAAAAUUUACAAUUAUAUUGUUAUUUGUUAUAUAGGUAAAUUUGCUUACCUAUAUAUUUGUUUUUAUUAUAUUUUAUUUGUAUACUAUGGUUCUUACGAUAAAAAAACAUUUUUAUAUAUUUGUUUAAAAAUAUUACAAAUAUAAUGCUAUCACUUCAAAUUUGAGCUUAUGAUGUCAUUGAUAUUGUUAUUUUAUUCAUUAAUAUUUAUUAUUAUAUACAUGUACUUUUACUUUUUUUAGAACCUUUCGAGAGAACAAACACAGCAAGGUCUGUCCACAACCACAAUAUAUUUGAACAAAUCAAAGAAGUCAUACGGAAAAGUUACAAUAAAUUAAAAGAAACUAAAUCAUUGGAUUCAAUAUUUUGUCAAUUUGAAAAAUAACAAAAUCAAAACAAAACAAACAAAAAAACUAUUAAAAUUACAAAAGAACAAAAAAAAAUAAAUUAUAAUUCAUAUACAUAAUCUGAAUAAAAGAGGAAUAAGAAAACUUCGAGUGAUACAUUCUGACUUGGUGUAUAUAGCAUAAUGAGGUUCCUUUUUAUGGAGCGAAAACUCAGGAAAUUCGUAAUUCAUUAAUAAUUAAAUCAUACGAAAAAGUGUAUAAUAAUGUUGUUAGCAAUUAUGAAAAAUGUUUAAAAAAAAAAAAAAAAAAUUGAAUUUAGCUUUUAAGAAAUUAAUUUAUUAUUAUAUAUUGUUGAAAUUAUAUUUAGAAAAACAACUAUGCACUCCUUAAUUGAUGAACAAAGCUUUUUAUCUUAUUGCUGUUCUCAUUAUAAUAAAUAUGAAUAAUAAAAUUUGUAAGAGCAUAGAAAUUGAAAACGUUUUUAGGCCAAAUUCAGUAUUUAAUUUACCAUUGUGUUGACUAUGAUUUUGAAUUAUACAUAGAUUUAAAACUAUUAAGUUAAAAUAUUUAUACAUAAUGUUCAUGUCUGAUUAAAUAAAUAAUUUGUUGACAUUAUAUUGAAUGAAAUCGUACCACAAAUAAUCAUUAUUAUUAUAUUCUUUAUACACAAUCAUUUAAUUUUUCAAGAAUUGUAUUGAAAUUAAUGACAAUAUACUCUAUUUUAAAUAAGAAGUCACAAGUUUGAGUAUUCAUGAGUAUUUGAACGUUGUCAGAUUGGCAAAAAUUGGCUAACGUGUUUUCAUCUGUCAUUCAGUGCUUUUUCAGUCUAGAAUAUAAUUAUUAUUUAUUACUUAUCAAUACAGAUAAUAACAUGUUUUUCGUAAUACAAAUUGGUAGUUUUUUGUUAAGUUAGAAUAUGUAGAUUAUCAUUGAAUGUAGUCUUAUAUGAUUAUGCUGAAGC